AUGCUACUACUGUGGUUUGGAUUCUUUUCCUUUGUUUUCGGGGUGGUGAUCUAUCGGCUACAAUUUCAUCCCCUGAGUGAGUUCCCCGGGCCGAAACUAGCUGCCCUAACAAGUCUUUAUGAAUUUUAUUACAAUGUGGUUUUGGGUGGCCGGUAUUUGUGGGAGAUAGAAAGAAUGCAUGAGCAAUAUGGCCCUAUUGUACGCAUUACUCCUCACGAGCUUCAUGUGGCAGAUCCCGAAUUUUAUACGGAGAUCUACGCUGGCCCUACCAGGAGGCGUGACAAAGACCCCAGACUUGUCCGGCUGGCAGGUCAACCCAUGUCCAUGUUCGCGACUGUUGAUCACAGCCUGCACAGUUCGCGUCGAUCUAUCCUGAGCAACUAUUUCUCUAAAAAGUCAAUUGCAGGCCUAGAAGACAUGAUCCAGCGCAAAGUACAAAAGCUCGUCAAACGGCUCAACCAAGCCUGUGACCAAGGAACAAUUGUACAGCUGGAUGCUGCAUCUUCGGCUCUGACUGCGGAUAUUAUCUCGGAGUACGCGCAUGGUGUGAGCCUUGACUACCUGGAUGAUGUCAAUUUCAACAACGAAGUUGCAGACUCCAUCUUGAGUCUUGCAUCUGUAGUUCAUGUGUUGAAAUUUUUCCCUUUCCUUUUAGAUCUUUCAAAGUUCAUCCCUGAUGAGGUGCUUGAAAAGCUUUGGUCCCAUGCAGCCAACAUCUUGCGAUUGCAGAAACUGGUUCGUACGCAAGCAGCUGUCGCACUUCAAAAUGAAGGCAAAGUGGACGGUCAAGUAACAAUGUUCGGUGCUCUCUGUGACCCCUCCUUGCCUGCACAAGAAAGAACACUGGAUAGGUUGCAGGACGAGGGCUUUUCAUUGAUCGGUGGAGGCACAGAGACUACAACAGGAACAUUGAAGAUCUGCAUGUUUCACUUGCUCAAUGACAAGGCCUUACUUCUAAAGCUCCGCGAGGAGCUUGAGCAAUUCCCGUCUAGCACAUGGGCCGAACUUGAAAGGCUGCCCUACAUGAGAGGAGUUAUAAAUGAGGGACUUCGGCUCUCCGGCGUCAUAACUCGUCUUCCCCGCCGUGCACCCGAUGAAGCCCUGACAUACAAGCAGUGGACAAUUCCACCAAACUCCCUAAUGAGCACUUCCACUCAUUUUGUUCAUACCAAUAAGGAUUUGUUCCCUAAUCCGCAUACCUUUGACCCUGAACGCUGGAUCCGAGCUGAAGCAGCUGGCGAGCGCCUGGAGCAUAUGAUUGUCACCUUCAGUAAGGGUUCUAGGCAGUGUCUGGGCAACCAUCUGGCUUUGGCGGAGUUGUACCUGGUCAUUUCCAUGAUGGUACGCAAAUUCGAUAUGGAUCUAUAUGGGGUGACGGCAGACAACAUCGUCACACAUAGGGAGUAUGGCUUUGGUGUUCCAAAGGCAAGGGGUGAUGGAUUCAGAGUCACCAUAAAACGGGUUCCUAACCCGUAG